AAAGCCCUACCUUGGCAUUCGUGUGGCAUUCAGUUGCGAACAACUGGCACCGACGUCGGUGAAUGUUGAACAGACAUCCGGGGGGCCGCUGACGGAGCGAAGCUGGAAAUUAAUGAUGAAUCCAAGAUAAUAGCUGACAAGUCAGAGGUCGGGGAUGUGAGUGUUCAAAGUGCUCCAACGAUAACAGAGAUACAGAAGGAAAAAGAAAUUAUAUCUAAAUUAGUAUCUUAAAAAGAGCGAAGAGUCCUCGAGUGUAGAAGAACCACAGCUGGAGACUAGAGGUGAAGACAAUCGAGUAUCAGAGAAUGGCAACUAUGCUAACCUAGUAACUGAUGCAGGUGUUUUGCUUGCACCAAAUGAAGGCAAUGAUCGCGAACUUCCCUCUGGCCACACACCUCCGACGUCUGCUAAUGAUGGGGACACUAGCAAAGAAAACCAGCAGCUCCUUCAUAAAUGCGCCCAAGCACAGAAGAAGAAGGCGAAGCGCAAAAACCAAAGACCGAAAACAUCUAAACGCAGAUCACGGAAAGACAUAAAAGAGUGUCCAACGAAAGAAGAUGAACCAGAAUUAUCGUAAUAGGAACGGAACCCAUCCUUUAUAACGUCAAGACAGAAGCGAAAGUCGGACAAGAAGUCGUACCCCCUAAGCGCUACCCCGUGACAGAGUCAUCAAACGCGAGAGAGCUGAUGAAAUCGGCCAUCAGGCUGAAGAGAUGACUCCUCAUAAGACAGCUUCCGAACUUGCCGCAAGUAUUACCGAUGCACAAGAAGGAAAGGUCAAGGGGAGUAAUAAGCUCAACGUGCGGACAAAGCAGAACAAGUCGAAAAAGGCGGCAAACAAGAUGGAUGCAGAGGCUGAACAAUUGUCUGUGCAUGGAGUUAAAAUCAAUCUCCGAGAGAGCAGAAAACAAAAGAGCAAGGAAAGCGUGUCCGUCAAGAAGCCAGUUACUCCACAACGACAAGAAGAUGCAUCGAAGAAGGAGCCUCGUGUAGAGUCACGCGAUGACGUACUGGUCAUCAGUAAACAUAAACAUACUGCAACGCCAUUAGCACUAAAUGCAAGUGGUCAGAGUAAGAACGAAGCAGCAGAAAGAUCAACCAAAAAAGGGAAACACCAAAACAAUCAUGGAGAUGAUUACCCCAGAAAGGGCCACGCCUGUGGAGUAAUGGGUAGACCUUCCACGCCUUCCACCACCAAGAGGAGUUAAUACGCCACAGCGACCCAAAAGGGAAAUAGAACAGGGAGAGAAUCAUACCAGGCGAAUGGUAUGGUACAAGAUGGCGCAAGAUCAAUUAAUAGGUAAGAGGCUAAACCGGUUGAUAAUUAUUCCCUGGGAAGUCUUCUCGUCAAGGCAAACAUGCACCAAGGGGACGGAAGACUUAUCAUCCCAGGUGUACAGUGUUGUUCCAUUGCUCUCUGCGCAAUCCUCAGAGCGUCCGAAAGUCCUUUGCUCUGGACGCUGAGGACAUGGACGACAUCAUUCUCACCGGGGAUAAGAGACACAGGGAGACUCAAGAGAAAAUGGGUCUCUCGAAAACCGCAUAUCUGCACAUCGAUGAGAUUGAUCUAGAUAUUAAACUACGGGGUCGGCACUUCCACUUGAAGAGAAGUGGUGUCAUGUGUGGUGACAUUAUGAACGAUGGCACAGACAAGAACCACAAUCCGCUACCAGGCAUUGAAAGUAGUAUUGAUUCCCUAAAAGAGUAUGCCUUAUUUUACGACAUCUAAAACCUGGUUGUUGUUUGAUUCGCAUAAUCGCGACCAGAAUGGAUUUAGACAUCCUAACGGGAAGGCUGUUCUUCUCGAGUUCAAGACUCUAAGAAGUGUUGGCUGUUACAUCAGGCGGUUCGUGAGCUCCAACGGCUUCAGCGACGAGACGAGUCCACGCCCGCUAGAUGAUUCGCAAUUGAGCUAUGAGCUGGCCGGCAUUAAGGUAGCAGUGCUGAGCUGAGAUCUUUUGCGCGUGACAUGACAUUGCAUUACUGGCAAUGCUUUGCAUACUAUUCGGACUAAGAAUUUAAAAAGAUUGUAUAUUUUGUAUAUAGCUAAUAAAGUACGUUCAAUAUCA